GGUCCUGAGGCAUCGGCAACCAGCUGUCAAACGAGGAGCGCGGCAUAUCACACAACCGGAGUUCCAUCAUGGGUGAUUCGAAAACAGAUGACAGCAAGGCAGCCGAUAAUAAAACGACUCAAAAUGCCGAGGAACCGGCGAGCCCUGCCCCCAACGAAAUGCGGGCCAUCGUGCUAACAGGUUUCGGAGGCCUCAAAGCCGUGAAAGUGAUGAAAAAGCCGGAGCCGACACCGGGCGAAGGCGAAGUGCUCAUUAGAGUAAAAGCAUGUGGACUUAAUUUUCUUGAUCUAAUGGUUCGUCAGGGUGCGAUUGAUAAUCCUCCCAAAACUCCAUUCAUAAUGGGAUUUGAAUGUGCAGGAGUGGUUGAAGCCGUAGGAGAAGGGGUCACGGAAUUUAAAGUAAAUGACUCGGUGGCAGCUCUCACGGAGUAUAAAGCUUGGGCCGAACUGGUUUCUGUUCCUGCCAAGUAUGUGUAUGCGCUGCCAUCUGGAAUGGGACAUCAAGAAGCAGUGUCCAUGCUCAUGAACUAUGUGGUGGCCUAUUGUUUGCUGUUUGACAUUGGAAAUUUACAGAAAGGACAGAAAGUGUUAGUCCAUUCAGCUGGUGGAAGUGUUGGAUUAGCUGUAGCUUCCUUGUGUAAAACUAUUUCAGACGUCACGCUCAUCGGAACAGCUUCCAAGCACAAGCACGAUAGCAUUUCCGAAUACUUUACACAUUUGUUCGAUCAUGGCACAGAUUAUGUUCAAGAGAUUAAAAAGUUAUUACCUGAUGGCGUUGAUCUUGCCCUUGACUGCCUAUGUGGAGAAGAUGCAAACAAAGGAUACAGUCUUUUGAAACCACUUGGAAGAUAUGUUUUGUAUGGUACCUCUAGCAUUGUUUCUGGAGAAACAAAAAGCUUUUUCAGUUUCGCAAAGUCAUGGUGGCAAGUGGACAAAGUAAGCCCAAUCAAGCUCUUUGACGAAAACAAGAUUCUGGCUGGGUUCCACCUGCGCCACCUUCUCUAUCAGCAGGGGUGUCACGACUAUGUGCGUGGAGUUGUCGAGAAAGUGCUCAAACUCUGGGAGACUCAGAAAAUCAAAAUUAUCAUUGACUCAGGAUGGGCCUUUGAAGACGUCGCGGAAGCAAUGCAGAAAAUGCACGACAGAAAAAAUAUUGGCAAAAUUACUUUAAUUCCAGAUAUGGAGCCAAAGCCUCCGACUAAAGCCAAAGAUGGCAAAACCAUUACUAGUGGAGAAAGUACUGACACAGAAAAAGAUGUGAAAGAUGAACAAACACCUCCGCCAUGAAUGUGACAGAUUAUUCCUGUAGUUAAUAUUAGUCUUCAUCUUUGAAUGAAUGGAAAUCUCGUUGGACAUGUUUUUUCAUGAUAAAUUCGGCUUGAUACUGUUUCAAUGUGUGGAUGCUUGGCAGGUGUUUUUUCUUUCCAAAAUUGCAGUUAAUGUUAGAGAUGCUUGAUUUAUUGUUACUUUGGAGGUGCAUCUAUAUAAAUAGGCACAACCAAAGCGUCCCCAAAUUUUAUUUAUCCUAGAUUAUUUCUUUGAAAUGUUGAUAUUUUUGAGUAGUUAUAUAUUUAUUUUGUCUUCACAAAAUAUCUAGUCAUGUUUAAUAGAUGUUUAUGUCCUUUUAAAUAUUUAAUUCAUUACAAAAAUUAAUUUUUCAAAUAGUUGAUGUGAAAAUGUUUUACAUGCUUAAACCAAUCUGAAUCUUUUCCAGAAGUUACCUUGCUGUAAAUGAUUUAGGGCAAGCAUUUAAAAAGUUGUGCAAAUUCUUUAGCAAAAACUGCAAUGUAUAAAAAAAGUUUUUGAUGUUCUUGAAAUAUUAAAACGCACAUUACAAUAGUAAAAGAAAUCUUAUCUAAAAAAGUAUGGAGAAAUCAUGCACAGUUAUAAAAUCAGUUAUAUUUUUUAAAAUUAAAACUAUACUUAAAAAGUGUUGAUUGGUAAUCCACGAUUUAUGAUGAUUCACAACUAAAUCAUUUAAGUGGUGGUAGUAAAACUUCUUGAUACAAAAGAAGAAAUUUAAAAGAAAGUGCUUUUUAAAAUGCAUUUGAAAUGUCAGUACUUCUGUAUUAAAAUAGAAAACUAUUGUCAUCCGACAUGCUGUUCAAAUUGUAAGUAAUGUUAGCUAAUUGCAGAUGCUAAUUAUUUAGCUGUAUUACAAUUUUUAUAUUUAUGUUUAAUUGUCUCUCUCAAUCUAAAAUAUUUAUCUUAAAAUUAUUUUACUAAAGAAAAUUUCACCGAAGAAAACCUCACUUUUGUUGCUAAUCUGAUCAAAAACGCUGAAUCUCAUUCUUUUCUGGCUUGCACUUGUUAUUUUAUUGUAUUGUAAGAGGAAAACAAUUGAGAAAAUUCUUUGCUUAAUUAAAAUAUUCUUUUAAAAGCCUACUAGUACAAAAACCAACUUUAUCCACUUAUGUUUUUCUAUCAAUUAAAAAAAAAGCAUUUUAUAUCAACUGGUUAAAAUCAUAAUUUGCAGUUUAGUAUAAUAAAGCAGAUUAUAGACAUAAACCGAUCAUUAAAGAAGGGGGAAAAAAACUUAUGUCUCUAAUUCCAAAUUAGUAGAAUAGCAUCAAAUCCACUGAAGUCUUUUUCCAUUCAAUGUUUUUGCUUGAUACUGGAAAUCUUUCUUUCGAUUAUGAAAGAUGUAAUCUAUGUGGCAAAAUAAAUUUUGCUUAGAAGCAUCAUUAUUCUAUUUUGUCUUUAAAAUCGAAUAUGUAGAACUAUAAACUUGUAUUUAGUACUGUUAAAAAGUUUGACAAAACACUGGUUAUGCCUGCAAUUCCUUAUUUUGAUCUAUGAAUCUUUAGAUAACUUAAAAGUUUAACCUUAGAUUUUGCUGAGGACUUUGUUAUUGAACUCCCCUACAACAUUGCUAAAAUGAUUUUCCAUGCAGAGAACAAAGUUAAUUUGAAAUUCCUGAUUAUUCACUUAUGAACUGAGCAUGAAGCCAUUUUCUCAGCUUAAAAGUCUUGAGGAAUUUGAAUGCUUGUGAAAUUUACAUUUAAAUUAUUUUUAUGAUGCGAAAAUUUACCAAGAAAUUUAAAUAUGAGAAAAAUAAUUUGUCAAUAAAGCAUUGUCAAAUCCUGCAUUGAAUGUUCUUAUAUUUUUGAAGCAUUGCUUUGUAUUUAGCAAAUUUGUGACUUUGUAAUAAAUUAGGCUAAAUUUUUGAAAUGAGCGUAUUAAACUUUGAUAAGUCUAAAACAUAUAAGUAUAUAUAUGCUUUUGCUAAAUCUACUUUACAGGCUUUCUGCAGCUUGCAAAUUUUUCAAUAUUUUCAGGAAUGAAAAACAUAUCGAAAAAUUAUGUAUUUUUGUGAUGGAUAUUUGUUAAAUGUUGCUUGUUUUGUCAAUGUAUUAAAUUAUAUGCUAAUUAAAUUUCUGUG